AUGGCUCGAAAAUUUUGUAUGAAAGCUUUCACAGUGGACAGCUAACUGAUAUUUCGUUCUGAACAUCAUUUGACAUACUGGACAGAAGAUUGUUUCUGGUGCAGGGGAACUCGCCCUUAAUGAAUCGUCCUCUGAGGCGUUUGGGUGAUACGUCUGUAUAUGUACAUCCAUAACCGUGGCUGUGAAGCACACAAAGCGACAUUUUCCGCAAGUGUAAUAUAG